GUAGUGUAGUGUAGGCUGUUUCGCAGUGGGGUCUCUUCUUUCUUUCUUCCAUCGCUCUCCUUGAGAAACCCCCAAAUCUUUGGGAUCUCUUGGGCUCUUUCUCUCUUCCACAGAGAUUUGUUCGUGGGCCUCGGAAUUAAAUUCUAGGAGCUCACUGGAUGCGUGAAAAAACGAUGAUGUGUUCUCCUCCCUCCCUCCUGGUGUUAGAGAAGCAAUGCUAUGGCAGGGAAUGGCAGCAGCUCAGGCAGAAAUAGUCUCGCUCUGGAGGAGUUCAUGAAUAGCAAUGCGCCGGGAAAUCCAAUGCUGAUAAAAAGCAAAUGCUGCUGCAGGGAACCGGCAGAUGGAUUCGUCCCGGCUAUGGUGGUGGCGACACGAUCGAUCGGUGGCUAAGCUUGUAAGAGGUUUGUAGUGCCGGGCUGGAUCGAUCAAUCACAAGGACAGCAACACGAUGAGCAUGGAUUCUUACAAGAAGCAGCAGCAGAUGAAGAGCUUGACGAGGCAGCUGUCGGAACACUCUGCUCUUGGCCUGGGAAUGAGCAAGCUCGCGCUGGUUGUGUGUGCCGCUUGCGCUUGCAGCUUCUUCUACGUCGCCCUCCUCCUCCUCAGCAGCGCAAGCAUGAUGGCCUCGUGCAUCCCGUCGUCCUCGCACGGAUCCACCACAUCCUCCAGAAUCAUGCCAUACAACUUCGCGCUCCUGGGCAGCAGCAAUGCCACCACCGCCGCAUCCUCGCGAUUCACUCUCAAUCUGGAUCAGGAAAAGCAGCGCUACAGCUCCACCUCUCCUCGCAAGUCCCUGCAGCAAGCCUCCGGCUCUAGAACUUCCGCCAGUCAAGCGAGUGGUAGUACUAGUAGCAGUACCAGUGCGGGUGAUUCCGCGUUGGUUUCUUCGAUUCCGGCCAAGGUGGUCCCCAAGAUCGGCCCUCACGAUGCUGCCCAAGUCGAGAUUCCAUCGACCACCAUCGCCAAAACAGAGAUCCACACCAGCACCAGCACCAGCACCGCCACCACCCUUUACAAUAUCGUGUUUGGCAUCGCUGCAUCGUCUCGCCUCUGGGACCGGCGCCGCGAGUACGUCAAGCUAUGGUGGAAGUCCUCGCAGAUGCGAGGAUUCGUGUGGCUGGACAAGAAGGUGAGGCGGAAGUGGUCCAAGACGGACUAUCCCCCCUUCCGGAUCUCCUCCUCCACCGCGGCAUUCAACUACACCAACAAGAUGGGCGCUCGGGCCGCCAUUCGAAUCUCGCGCAUCGUCUCCGAGACCUUCCGGAUUGGCCUCCCGGACGUGCAUUGGUUCGUCAUGGGCGACGACGACACCAUCUUCAUCCCGGAGAACCUCGUCAAGCUCCUCUCCAAGUAUGAUCACACCAAGUACUACUACAUUGGAUCCAGCUCCGAGAGUCACACCCAGAACCUCCAUUUCUCCUACAACAUGGCCUACGGUGGUGGCGGAUUCGCGAUCAGCUAUCCGCUGGCCAGAGCUCUGGAGCGAAUGCAGGACGGAUGCUUGCACAGGUAUCCAUAUCUCUUCGGGAGCGACGAUCGGAUACAAGCGUGUAUGGCUGAAUUGGGGGUUCCUCUCGUCAAAGAGCCCGGUUUUCAUCAGUUUGACAUCUAUGGCGACGCCUCCGGACUGCUCUCGGCACACCCAGUGAGCCCACUCAUCUCGAUCCAUCACUUGGACGUGAUCCACCCCGUCUUUCCAAACAUGACGCAAGUCCAGGCGCUCAAGCACCUCUCGCGAUCCAUCAAAGUCGACGCGCCGGGGAUCCUCCAGCAGUCGAUCUGCUACGACAAGUGGAGGAAAUGGUCCUUCUCGGUUUCGUGGGGCUACGCGGUCCAAGUCUAUCGCGGGAUCCUGCCACCCCGGGAGCUGGAACUCCCGGCUCGGACGUUCAUAAGUUGGUAUCGCAGGACCGAGGACAGUGGCUUCCCGUUUAGCACGCGGGAGAUCUCCCGGAACCCGUGCGAGCAGCCCACCAUCUUUUACAUGGACAACGUAGGACACAAGAACUCGAGCAGGAGUUACAGCACGUACGCGCGGGAAACCAAGAGAAGGGGUGAUUGCCGCUGGAAGAUGGCGUCUCCUGGAGGGAUCGAUUCGAUCAUGGUCUACAGGGACCGCACGGAAGGGAACUGGCACACGGCCCCUAGAAGGCAUUGCUGUAGAGUCAUAAACUCCGACAAGAGGAACGUGGAGAUUGAAGUCGGGCAGUGUAGGACCGGAGAAUUCAUCGCGUGAUUGAUGACGACGAGUAAGAUCACAGCUUUCGAUUGGAGCUUGGUAUAUAUGAGAGAGAAAGAUACCGAUUUCCGUAUGUUUUCUUAGUAUGAUUCUUUUUCUUCUCUUCUUCUUUUUGGGUAUACAGUACCAUCAUUUUUUGAGUGAUGAGCUAAGCAGCAGGAGGAAAACAAAAAACAAAUCAUGUAUAUUGUUUAGCUUUUCUAUGGCGAUGUAAUCUCUGUAUGGAGUACUUCGCGUUAUGAAUGUGAAUGUCAGGUGACCAUCCA